UCAAUUAUUUGGUUGGCUUAUUUUAUUGACUUCAUUUUAUUGACUUUAUUCGUAUCUGACAUGGCUACUGAGCAAGACGAGCAAUUGGUUCAGGAGAUUAUUGGGAAAGUUAUUGACCUUGCAAUUAAAGGACGAGAACUUGAAAAUUUCUGGAUUUGAGGCAAAUAUUGACGAACAUUUGGACGAGAAGACGGAUGGGCCUUUGGUUGGUUCUCUUCGUAUGGACAUGGAUGACAAACAUACUGAAGAGGAUAAAACUGAGGGAUCUUUGGUGGUUGAUGCUCCUCGUUCGGAAAUUUUUGGGAAGGCGACUGACCUCGAAACUAAAGGACGAAAACUUGAAAAUUUCUGGAUUUGAGGCAAAUAUUGACGAACAUUUGGACAAGAAGACGGAUGGGCCUUUGGUUGAUUCUCCUCACUUUGAAGAAGACAAACAUUCGGAAGAGAACAAGACAAAUGGACCUUUGGUUGAUUCUCCUCGUUUGGAAAUUUCUGGGAAAGUAAUGAACCGCUCAAUUAAAGAGGACGUGAACUUGAAAAUUUCUGGAUUUGAGGCAAAUAUUGACGAGCAUUUGGACAACAAGACGGAUGGGCCUUUGGUUGGUUCUCUUCGUAUGGACAUGGAUGACAAACAUACUGAAGAGAACAAGACUGAGGGACCUUUGGUUGAUUCUCCUCAUUUGGAAACUUUGGGGGAAGUGACGGACCGCUCAAUUAAAGGAAACUUAGACUCAAAAAUUCCUGGCACCGAAGCAAAUAUUGACGAACACUUGGACAAGAAGACGGAUGGUGAGGCGAAAUCCGCGCAGAAGUCAAGAACCAAAUUUUGCUCUCUCCUCUGA